CCACCUGAGCAAGGAGCCAAAUGUGCAUAUAUCAUCAUCAUCAUGGCUGUGUUCUGGUGCACUGAAGUGAUCCCACUGGCUGUUACCUCCCUCAUGCCUGUGGUAUUUUUCCCUCUGCUUGGAGUUCAGAGCUCUAAAUCAGUGUGCUUGCAGUACCUAAAUGACACAAACAUGCUCUUCGUUGGAGGGCUGAUUGUUGCAAUUUCUGUUGAACAGUGGAAUCUUCACAAAAGGAUUGCGCUGAGGGUCCUGCUGAUUCUUGGGGUGAAGCCUGCACUCCUUAUGCUGGGAUUUAUGGUAGUCACUGCCUUCCUGUCCAUGUGGAUAAGUAACACAGCCACCACUGCUAUGAUGGUUCCCAUUGUCCAGGCUGUCCUGGAUCAAAUGGACAACACAGAGUAUGAUGUGACCAUGAUGGAACAAGCAACCGGGCAAACAAAUACCGUGAUUGAGCUGGAGGAAAAGAAUGCAUCAGAUCCCACUUCAGUGCAUGUCGUAAGCAAUGGACAAGUCCCUGAUGACCCCAGAUCUUCUGAGGAAAAGAAAAUGAGGAAGCGUAUAUGUAAGGGAAUGACACUUUGUGUAUGCUAUGCUGCCAGCAUCGGAGGAACUGCAACACUCACUGGGACAGGACCAAACAUGGUAUUGAAAGGCCAGAUGAAUCAGUUAUACCCCAAUAAUAAUGAUAUUGUGAAUUUUGCUUCCUGGUUUGGGUUUGCAUUCCCAAACAUGAUUCUGAUGUUGGUACUAGCUUGGCUUUGGUUACAGUGCUCCUUCAUGGGACUCAACUUUAAAAAAAGCUGGGGCUGUGGCACAGAGAGAACUGCUAAAGAAAAGGCUGCAUACAAUGUGCUGAAGGCAGAAAUGAAGAAAUUAGGUCCUAUCUCUUAUGCUGAAUCCAAUGUCCUCCUAAUGUUUGUUUUGCUGGUCCUCUUGUGGUUUUCCAGACACCCAGGCUUUGUAAAAGGCUGGGCCACCAGGCUCUUCCCAGAAGGAGAAAAGUAUAUCACGGAUUCUGCUCCUGCUGUGUUUAUUGCCCUGCUGCUCUUUAUCCUUCCUGCUAAUAAACCCAAAUUCAUAGGCUGGAAUCCAAGCGACCCUGAACAGACUGAAGAAGAUAUAAAAAAGCCAUUUUUAUCAGCCCCGCUGCUAGACUGGAAUGUGGUUCAGAGGAAGAUGCCCUGGAGUAUUGUGCUGCUGCUGGGAGGAGGUUUUGCUUUGGCUGAUGCAAGCGCAAACUCUGGGCUUUCAGCUUGGCUGGGUCAUCAAAUGACCCCACUAGGAUCUAUCCCACCAUGGGCCAUUGCAACAGUACUUUCGCUUAUUAUAGCUGUCUUCACCGAAUGCACCAGUAAUGUCGCCACAGCCACCCUCUUCCUACCUGUCUUUUCAUCCAUGGCUGCAUCUGUCAAGAUCCAUCCUUUGUAUGUUAUGCUGCCUGGUACUCUCAGCGCUUCCUUUGCCUUCAUGCUACCUGUUGCAACACCGCCAAAUGCGAUAGUGUUUUCCUAUGGCCACAUCCGUGUUUUGGAUAUGGUUCGAUCUGGAAUAGUGAUGAACAUCAUUGGAGUCUUCUGUGUCACACUGGCCAUCAACACAUGGGGAAGACCUAUGUUUGAGCUGGACACGUUCCCAACCUGGGCAAACAGCACAACGAACCAGUGAGCAGUGAAGAAUUCAUGUGUUAGACAAGGGAAGGACCCUGAAUACCACUCUCUAUUGCCCAAAGCUCUCUAUUGGUUCUCAUCACUGCUUCAGAUCCAGUGUCAGGUUUUUGCUACCUUCUGGGAGUCACACAUCAGUUCAGGCAUGAACCAACUCAAAUUUAUUCCGGUGGUGCU